AGUGGCGCUUCUAUUUUUGGUUCUUUGCCAAGUUGAUAGCACCUACAACAGCAACAACACGCUUCGGUUGUGCGUGGAGGGGCGGUGACAGCCACCAAUAACAAAGUAGCAUACAUAAAUAAAUAUGUAGGGUUAUUGGAAUAGUGGACGAAGCGAAAAGUGAAAGUAUAAACGAACCCCCACCCACCGUGCCCUUUUUGGACAAGGCAUUCACGUGAUUUGAUUUAAAGCUAAACCGAAGCUGUUCGUAAUUUGUUUGUUGUUUGUGGGGGAACUCCUGCUGUUUUGGCAUUUAAUUUAAAAUCAAUAAACGCUUAGCGAGUUUACCGAGUGCAAACACAACAAAUAGCAGCACUUUUAGCAUCCGUCAACCUGAGUGACAAUGGAUUUCACCAGAUUCAUGAAUAAAUUCAACGAAAUCGAACGCCAGCUGUCGCCUACAUCGGCGCUCCGCCUGAGCUUCGAUAAUAUAUCGCCGGAGAGCGAAGAGCCGCCGACGGAUGGCAAACGAUUGUGGGGAAUGCCAGUGCCGCCCUUUGUCUCCGAUAAGGUCGUCUCCUGGAUCGAAGAAGAGUUCAACGAGGCGCCCGUCUACUACAACGGCAACUGUGUCCUCAAAAAAGGUAAAGCCCCCGUGGAAAAUGUACGCAUGAUUGAUCGCUACAACACCAAAAAUCCGACAGUUGGCACUCUAUAUCUGACGGCCACACAUUUGAUAUUCGUGGAGCCCGACAGUAACAAGGAGACCUGGAUUCUACACAUGCACGUUGCCAGCAUUGAGAAGCUGCCACUGAGCACCACUGGUUCACCACUUUUGAUACGCUGCAAGACAUUUCUGUCGGUGACAUUCGUCAUACCCAAGGACUCGGAAUGCCAUGAUGUCUACACUUCGCUUUUGAAACUCUUUCAACCGGUUUCCAUCAACAAGUUGUACUGCUUCAAUUAUCAGCCGGCCAAGGAUGACUUCCCCAAGAAUGCGGGCUGGGAUUUCUUUAAGCUCGAUGCUGAAUUCAAGCACAUGCUGGUGCCAAAUGACAAUUGGACCCUAUGCUCCAUGAAUGAGAAGUACGAGCUGUGCGACACGUAUCCGCGACAGAUCUAUGUGCCCAAGGAAGCCACCACAUUGAUGCUCAUCAGCAGCUCGCGUUUUCGCUCCAAGGGCCGCCUGCCUGCUUUGACUUAUUUGCACAACAAUAAGGCAUCCAUAUGUCGCUGCAGCCAGCCGCUGUCGGGAUUCAGUGCUCGCUGUCUGGAGGAUGAGCAAAUGCUGGAGGCCAUUCGCAAGACAAACACAAACACCGACUACAUGUAUGUGGUGGAUACCCGGCCACGCAUCAAUGCCAUGGCCAAUCGUGCUGCGGGCAAAGGCUACGAGAACGAGGCCUUUUAUGAGAACAUCAAAUUCCAUUUCCUUGGCAUUGAGAACAUUCAUGUUCAGCGCGCCAGUCUGCAAAAGGUGCUGGAGGCUUGUGAACAGAAAUCGCCCACGAUGAGUGCUUUCCUUAAUGCCCUGGAGUCAUCUGGCUGGCUCAAACACAUUCGCUCCAUAUUGGACACGUCGAGCUUUAUUGCCAAUGCUGUGGACAAAGGGGUUUCGGUGGUUGUGCACUGCUCCGAUGGCUGGGAUCGAACCGCCCAAGUUUGCUCGCUGGCACAGCUCAUGCUGAAUCCGUACUAUCGCACAAUUAAGGGCUUUCAGGCUCUCAUCGAGAAGGAUUGGUUGGCCUUUGGCCACAAGUUCAGCGAACGUUGUGGCCAUAUUCAGACGGAUGCGCGUGAAGUUUCGCCGAUAUUCACACAGUUCCUGGACUGCACCUGGCAACUGAUGUCACAGCGCAGCGAGUCCUUUGAAUUCAAUGAACGUUUCCUUCUCAUACUGCAUGAUCACGUGCACUCGUGUCAGUUUGGCACUUUCGUGGGCAACUGUGAAAAGGAUCGCCUCGAUCUGAAGCUAGCUGAACGCACAUUCUCGCUGUGGGGCUAUAUGUCUAAUCACUUGAACGAGUAUAUCAAUCCGCUGUACAAACCCAACGUUGAUGAGUCCAUCAAAGCCAAUCUGGCGCCGCAAUGCAUCAAAUUCUGGCGUGGCAUGUACAGUCGAUUUGAGAGCGGUAUUCAUCCACGGGAACCAUUGGGUGAUUUACUACUGGACAGCAAGGAGCACAGCAACUCUCUAGAGGAUCAUGUGCAGCACCUGACAAAGCGUAUUGCAAGCUUCAAGAAUUACAUUUCCAAGUCGGCUAAGAAGCUGCAAGACGCCACUACAGCUAAUCCCAAAGCAAGCAAGGAGCCUGCCUCCAACGAAAUCAAUGACAACAAAUACAACUACGACAAGAAGCUAAGCGAGUUGUCAGCAGCUGACGAUGAUCAUCCGCUAAAGGCGACCAAUAUGUCGUUUGCCAAUCUGUCGCUGAAUGCCGAGCAAACAAGCCCGCAAGCUUUGACAGAAGAGAUCUCCUCCGUUGCGGUCGAUUGGAAACCCAUGCGUAAUGUGACCUCCUGCUCCUGUUCCACGCCCUUCGAUCAAUUCAGCAAAAAGACCCAUUGCUUUCGCUGUGGCGACAUCUUCUGUGAGCGCUGCAUUGACAAGAACGUUGCACUACCCGGACAUGAUAGUGGCAAGGCGGUUCCCGUGUGCCGUGGCUGCUUCCGACAGAUGCAAAAGCAAAGUCCAUAAGCCCAAUUCUAAUAGUAUAAUCCUAGCUGUAAAUUGUUGAACAUAUGACAUGGAGUGAAUGAAGUGAAGUUUAGCGAAAGAGGAAGUGAAAGUGAGAGUGCGAUCAGAUUUGUUUUUGGGUGUGUUCCUGUGGCAUGAAAUACAUAUAUUACAUACAGAUAUGCAUAUAUAUAUACAUAUACAUAUAUUAUAAUAUAUUACAUUUAUUGUUGCAUUUGUAGUUGUAGCUGCUUAAAAGCACACUCGACCCAUCCCAACUAAGUUCUGUGUGCAUCUCUGUUGGCUUCCAUUGACACUGACAUGACCCACAACUGGUCCUAGUUAUAUGCAUAAGUCGGGCACAAAACUAUAAUUUUAAUUUUGUUAUUUUACAUUCUUCAAACGUUAUACAAAUGUACCAAAUUCCAAUACUGCUUCCAAUAUGAUUGGACUUGCAACUUUUAAAUUGAUUUUUAAUAGAGUUAGACUCGAAUACAUUAGAAAAUGAGAAAAAGAACAUUAAUUUCAAAAAACGAUUUCCUACUGUUAGCCAUUCCACAUUUAAAUGUG